AUGGAUGCUGCUAUUGCGUUUUGCAUUAUUAUUAAUCACGAUUACAUUGAACAUCUCAAUCAACGUCGACCAGAGGCACUCAUAAUACUGGCAUUCCAUGCAGUCAUAUUGCAUUGGAAUCGGAACAUGUGGACUUUUGGGGAUGGAGGACAGUAUUUGAUCCGAGCAAUUACUAGUCAUCUCGGGGCCUAUUGGGCAUGUUGGCUGUGCUGGCCGAAUUAA